AAGUCUCAACCUAAGCCUCCACAAUCCUCUACACCCUCUCUAACACCCUUAAUUUGAUCGUCUACUCCAAACAUAUUCUGUAAUGGAGAGGAACCAGAUGCGCAGGCAGCUAGCCCUCAUGAGGCAGUCCUUCUUUGAUCAGGGCUUUCUUGAUGAACAAUUUAUCCAACUGGAGGAGCUGCAAGAUGAUGCUAAUCCUAAUUUUGUGGAGGAAGUUGUUACAUUGUACUACAGGGAUUCAUCCAGGCUAAUCCUUAACAUAGAUCAGGCACUGGAGAGGAACCCUCUUGAUUUCAAUAAGCUGGAUAACUAUAUGCAUCAGUUCAAGGGAAGUAGCACAAGCAUCGGAGCCAAAAAGGUGAAAGCUGAGUGCACACAGUUUAGGGAAUAUUGCAAGGCAGGAAAUUCAGAAGGAUGCAUGAGGACUUUCCAACAACUGAAGAAAGAAUAUGCCAUUCUCAAAAGGAAGCUUGAAGCUUACUUUCAGCAAGCAAGACAAGCUGGGCCCUUGGAGACAGCAUGUCGCUCAAGGAAUUGAUGGCAGAGGGCAAAUAAAGAAGCAGGAUUUGACAUGGCAAAAUAUUGUGAUUGACAAGUCUCAAAUUCACACUUGUAAUCACCAAAAGAAUGGAUGCCCUAGUGGGAUUAGAACGUUUUCUUUUUCUAUGUAGGCUAUUUAUAUUUUACACUAUCGAAAAUGCUAAUGAAGUUUUGUAGUUUUGCUUUUGCUCUCUACUCUCUCUCUAGUCUAUUUACACUUUCCUCAA